AAUCACACACUGAAGAUAAUGAGCUCGAAUUCAAAUCUAAGGUGUAAACCACCUCAGCUGUCCUCCAUCUGGAAAAUGAAAAGGACUUACAUUGUCAAGGCUGGCAAGGAUUUAACAGAACUACAACUGUCUUAUGUUGCUGGUCGGUCUUCUCAGUCCUGUGCCGCUACUCGCACGUGGAGCACAGUCCAGCAGAACAUCUCCCUGCCUGUUUCUCUGCCUCUGGUCAUGGCUUGUUCCCAGUGCCUGGUUCUCCUGCUGAUGGGAGCCUUCCUGACAGCCCUGGCCCAGCCGGAUGCACUGCUGGUCUUUCCAGGCCAAGUGGCUCAACUCUCCUGCACACUCAUCCCCCAGCAUGCCAGCAUUGCAGACUAUGGAGUAUCCUGGUACCAGCAGCGGGCAGGUAGUGCCCCCCGCUACCUUCUCUACUACAAUUCGGAGGAGGACUUCCACCGGCCUGAUGAUAUUCCUGAUCGAUUCUCAGCUGCCAAGGAUGCAGCCCACAAUGCUUGCAUCCUGACCAUCAGCCCAGUGCAGCCUGAGGAUGACGCAGAUUACUACUGCUCUGUUGGCUACAGCUCUGAUCCCCAGGGGUGAAGCAUGGGAUAAAUGUUCCAGUCUGCCUCCUAUUUCUGCCCCUGAACUUGGAUACCCUCUCUCUGAUCCUUGCUUUUCUUCUCUGUAUAGUAGGUUAAUAAAAUUCAACAUUAUUAUGAAAA